GGGCAUCGAAGGGGAGCCACCAACCAGCAGCAUCACCAGCGAGAGCGUCCGAAAGAUGCUCGUGUUUCAUGGGAGAUUCAGUGGGAUAUAACGUUAAUGGUAAUAAAGCUAAAGGCAAAGCAGACUUGUAAGGACGCUGGCAGGAAAAUGCGAACAGCAUGCGGUGACUGAGACAAAGGCCUGAAGGCACAGUAGGUCCGUUGGCAGCAGCGGCAGCAGCAGCAGCAGCAGCAGCAGCCAUCUAGCUUAGAUGAAGGAUGAAGAGCCCGGUGCACAGAUGCAGGGAUGUGGAGCACGGGCGUGGGCAGGGUGGGGCCGGGACCAACUGCCUACAGGCCGAGCAGCGCAUCCCUAUCUCCAAAGACGUCAUCACUUCCUCCUCAGCCUCGGCCAUGUGGUUCAUCAGGGACGCCUGCGGCAUCAUCUGCGCCGUCAUCACCUGGCUCCUGGUGUUUUACGCAGAGUUUGUGGUUUUGUUUGUGAUGCUGUUGCCCUCCAAGAAUCUGACGUACAGCAUUGUGAACGGCACCCUGUUCAACACUCUGGCCUUCCUUGCCCUUGCCUCACACCUCAGGGCCAUGUGCACCGACCCCGGGGCGGUGCCAAAAGGGAACGCUACUAAGGAAUACAUAGAAAGCCUUCAGUUGAAACCAGGGCAGGUGGUCUACAAAUGUCCCAAGUGCUGCAGCAUCAAGCCUGACCGUGCACACCACUGCAGUGUUUGCAAACGCUGCAUACGGAAGAUGGACCACCACUGCCCCUGGGUCAAUAACUGUGUUGGGGAGAACAACCAAAAGUACUUUGUGCUUUUCACAAUGUACAUUGCACUCAUCUCUCUCCACGCUCUGGUCAUGGUGGUCUUCCAUUUCCUGAACUGCUUUGAAGAUGAUUGGACAAAGUGCAGUUCCUUCUCUCCUCCAGCAACAGUCAUCCUCCUCAUACUCCUGUGCUUUGAGGGUCUCCUCUUCCUCAUCUUCACCUCUGUGAUGUUCGGCACCCAAGUCCACUCCAUCUGUACCGACGAGACCGGCAUAGAGCAGUUGAAAAAGGAAGAGAGAAGAUGGGCUAAAAAAACUAAAUGGAUGAACAUGAGGGCGGUAUUUGGACACCCUUUCUCCUUAUUGUGGUUUAGUCCCUUCUCCACCCCUGACCACGGGAAGGCUGAGACCUACCAGUAUGUGGUGUGAGAGCUCAGCGCAGGGAACGAGGCGGCCGGGUCAAAACAAAAGUGGGAACCGUGGGAAGCCGUGCCCAGCCCCACAGAGCUCAGCUAUGACAGUCUGUCGCUCCCAAUGCUGAACGUGAUUUACACUGUAUCUCCCACGCUAGCCAUGGACAGCUUGCCAUCUGCUUUAUGUGUUGCCAACUAAGUGCGCUAUUCGUUUAUUUUUGUGUUGCCUUGAGUGAGUCGAGUUGCAGAGAAAAAGAAAACACUUUCAGUUUGUGAAUCCAGUUUGCAAACACUGUGAUAAAUCUGUUUUUUUCUCAGCUAUUUCUAUUUCUGUUGUUGUAUCGGAAGCCUUGUCUUUUCAUGCUCUGUGUUUACUCUUCCUUUCCCUGAAGGGUUAGUUCGGCCAAAUUCACAAAAAAUAAAUUUUCUCAUUUACUGGUGUUUGGCCAGGUGAUGAGGUACCACCCCAAUACAAUGAAGAGAAUGGAAUCUGCCAAAUAUUUACUUAUUCAUCUAUAAAAUUUCACUUUUACUUGCUUAUUUUAUUCAACAGUCCAAAGCCCAAAGAUAUUUAAUUUACAGUCAUAAGACUGAGACAAAUGAUAAAUAUUAGGAGCAGCUGCAACCCCUGAAACAGAAGAAUUGCUUUUUUCCAACUGAAUAAAUCCCACCUUUUACCUUCAGGCCUCCACUAGAGUGACUGAUCAAAUCACAUUUUCAUGAGCAAUGAGUGCCCACAGGUAGGUAGACGGGCAGGUAGGCCAGCCAUCGUUUUUCCCCCCAGAAGAUUUGAUUUAUUGAUUGCCCCUGCGAGGUAAAAAGUAUUAAGAGGGUGUCAAAUUCAAUAAUCUGAAUUGUAGGCCCUGAAUUGUCUUAAAUAUGAUUUUGACAGGACUAAUUUUGUAUUAAUUAUGCUGUAAGAAGUUUUCUUCAUAACUUUUGUACUUUUCCAGUAUGGAUAUCAAAUAUGUCUUAAAUUGCAUUUAUAAUGGUUACGUUGACCUGCAGAUUUCAACAGAACCCUGUAAAACAAAAGGUGCUUCUGAAAUCUGUGUAUUUUACAGUGAGGUCUGGACUAUCCAGAGUAACCAGGACAUUGUUUCUGGAUAUACAAUUUGCUUUUGAGUUUUUUAAACAGGGUUCCAUUCACCUCCAUUGUACUAGGGUGAGAGUGGAAAAUUAAAACUAUCUGCAUGGCUACAUGUGUAAAAAUAUGUCUUUUUGUUAAUUUGGGUGAACUGACCCUUUAAAUCUCCCUCUUGCCGGACAGUUAUCAGCAGUGUGUUCCAGAUGUGGACAAAAUGAAGCUUUUAAAGACGUCUUCACUAGAAUGGAUGGAUGGAUGAAUGAAUGAUUAGGUUACAGACUCUACUAUCAGAUUCCUUGUGGGAGCCGUUCUGCUAACAGAUCCAUUCUAAGGCCGACCCUUUAAAUGGUGGCAAGUACAGCACAUAAAGGAACAGUUCGUCUUCAUUAUUGUGGAUUUGUGGUUAAUUAUGAAUGUGGAAAUAUUUUAAAUACACCCCACCUCCAGGAUUUCACUGGCUGUUUUGGGGAUUGUUGCGGCCUAAAAUGCCUACUUUAAUACAAAAUGGCGAUGCAUGUUGUGAUUUGCAGUCAUUUUAAAUUGCAGGAGAAAGUGAAAAUUGGAAAAAUAGUUAACAAUAGUUUUAGAUUUAUUUUGUAUAAUUCAUGAAAAAAAUCAAAGGUAACUUGUUCCAGUGAGAAUGAAAAGUGAAUCAUAGCAUUGUAGGGGGGCUGUGGUGAUUGGACAAAAUUGCAAUGUCGUGCAGAAUUCACUUUGAUUCGUUGAAAUUGUUCUUUCUCUCUUUCUGGAUGGAUGUCAAAUUUUACGAGCCACUUAAUUGUUUUUCUGGGCCUGAGAGUGAAGCAAAUCACCCAGCCACUUGCAUACUUUACCAGCAUCUGGCUGCUGCUAAUUCUGUGCCCUUGAUUCAAACUGUCCACAGCUCACCUGUGAGACACCGCUCAAGUAGACAGCAUCUCACCAUAGAGGGGGAAAAAUGCUCCUUUACAGUGUUGUAUUUGAGCCUUACAUGAACUUAAGUAUCCUUCUGAGAAAACAACAUACAAGGCCAAAAAAAGUCAGGUGUUUUAAAUGACUUUAAUAGCUACAUGUUGUCCAAGUGUGGAACAUUCUCUCUGAUUCCUCUCUGAUACAUGCUUGACAUGAACGAUGCAUUUGCUGGAGAGCAUUGAUGUUUUAUUUUUUUAUUAUUAAAAUGAACCAGGAAGUUUCUGAUCGCUCCACCAAACAGGAUCCAGAAUCAAAACGCUGCAGCAGGUUUUGCUUCAUUCUUGCAGUGCUGCUCAUUGAGGAAAUGAAAUGAUUUCAGUCUGUACAAAUGUCUUUGAGCGGUAAAACGUGGCUGCUAGAAUGUUUUCAGUAGUCAACAACCAUACUGUAAUACAUGCUCAUUCUCCCUCUUUCUUUGAGGAAAGGUUUGGCCGCCCACACUAACACCAACGCUCCCUGUGUGUGCGCGCUCUAAGCCCAUGUGGUGUUUUGGUGUGCCAAAUUCAGUGAACCCCACAAUUACAUGAUUACUUGGGGGAAGCUUUUAAAUGAAAUGCCUAGAUAAAAGGACACUGGCCUAGCUUUGAAGUUGUCAUGGCUGGAUGAAAUGUGUUAAAUCCUGUGUGGAUCCAAAGGGAAGCACCAUAUAGAAAACUGCAUACAUCCUCUUAUGCAGCAGCGAGAUAUAAGCUGGACUAUUUCUGCACUAUUCCACAUUACUUCAAAGCAUUUAACAUGAAACAAAGUAUUAACUUUAUCAUUCACAUUCUCACGAGUACUAGAAAGGCUAAUUCGCACUUUGUAUUUAUCAUUUAAGAUUUUUUUCUCCUGUGUGAACUGCUCUGUGUGCAUUUUAUUCUUCUAUUCUCUGUUUACAUGAUAUUGUAUGUAUCCUUUGUUAUCUGAGUGCAUGGUACAGGUGAAGGCUAGUUUAGUAAUGUAUGUGAAACUGCUGGUAUGAUGGUGCCAAGUCUCGCCGGUGAGAGUGAUGGUGGAGAUGAUUUGUUUUUUACAGAAAUUUUAAUUCUUUCUAAAUAUUCUGAAGAUAUUUCAGCACAUGCGCAGAGAAUAAAUACUUCUCAGUUGCAAUGCAAAAACUGUGUUUGCUUGCUUUUUUGGAUGUAUUUAUCUCCCUUUGACUGUGUCAGGGGCUGCUGCAACCAAAUGUGUGUUUGUGCAUCUCAAUUUUGUUUAAGUAUUGUCACAAAAGAUUUCUUCUUCCCCUGCAUACAGUCCUGUCCCACCCGCAUUGUUACAUUUUCACUCUGUCCUUGUCUUUCAUUCUGUUCCCACUGUACUGUCUGUAAUCUGCCUCUCUCCCAUGCGAUGUUCUCUCCACACUCAUGCAUUUGCUUUGGUUGAUAACUCAUUGUGCCAAAAGCUUUCUGAAGCAGACAACUCUUUAUAAUCUUGAGGAGAGGUAAGCUUGUAACAGAGGUCACAUUAGCCAUCCCAUCAAGCUUAACACAUCACACAAGCAUGCAGAUUCCAAUCUGAAGGCCAAAGUGCGCUUCAUGUCCUUUUUUCCUUUUUUGUCUGCCGUUUCAGAUUCAACCAAACAUUAUGAAUGAAUGAGUGAGCUCUGUGUAACAGGAUGCAUGUGCUGUUUUUUACCAUUUGACAUUUUUGCUUCUUCCACAGGGGUUUAUUCUUUAUUUUUAAAGUGCAUGUAAGUCAUUGUACAGUGUUUUAUUACAGUCUGGGCAUGUUUCUUGAAUGAAUCAGAACUGAUAUAAAAACAUUUAAAGGAUACAUUUAAAAAAAAAAAAACUAUUAACACAAUGGUCACAUGCCUUAUGUAGAUUGAAAGAGCUGGUUACUGUAAGCACUCCUCCUGUCUAUACUGGCCAUCCUUCCACAGCUACACUGAAAAAGAUGGAAGAUAAAAUCCACCAACAACCUCUGUAGUCUCAUUUGUAAGCAACUGCCUUUUGUAAGACACACACAAGCUUUAAAAUUCACAGUGAAAAGUGAUGUGAAAAUCUCUUAAGCUUGUGUUAACCACAGACCGUAUUUCAGGCAUGUAACCAGGAACCGGAUCAAAAACCGCAAGGAGGAAAGGGAAGCAGAAGUGCUAAAAUGCUGACUUCUUCAAACGUAUUAAUGCAACCCUCUAUAGAUGAGAUCAGAGUAACAAUGCAUUUAUAUGAAAAAGCCAAACCUGUUGGAGUAUGUGGCACAGACUGCUCUGCUUAUGCACAGAACAAGCUAAGCCUUCAGCCAUCCCUUGUGGCAAUUCAAAUAAGUCAGGAAAUCAAUACAUUAGUGAGUGUGUUAGCAAGCUACACAACGUUUUCACUCGUGUUAAUGUCAUGUUUUUAUUGCGAUACGUAAUAACAUUGUAUAUGGUCCCAUCCCUACCGUGUAGUCACUCUAGCAAAACAUUGCUUGAUGGCCAGUAUGGACAGGAGGAACGAAUACAGCGACCAAUACUCCUUCAACAUACGUACAUAUGGCAAAAUAGUAAAUAUUAAUAUAUCCAAAACUAUCUUUGUGACUGCGUCUGAGAAACAGGCCCAAAGAGCUAAAUCAUAGUGGUGUUGCAGUUUUAGUCAUCAGCUUUGUGUCAAAGUAGUGACUGAUAGUGCAUGUAGAAAACGACCGACACCCAGUCCUAUUGGCACUGCUCCUUUCACCUCAGACACUCACUGUUGUGUCUUCUCCAGGGGAUCGAGCGCCUAAAGGGAGAGACGGGGAAGUGGGGGAAGGUGCCGUGUUGGGAAGCCAUGCAGAUGGCGUUCGGUGGCCCGUUCUCUCUGUCCUGGUGCAGCCCGUUCGCAGGGCUGAGCUGCAAGAAGAGCUCCCGAGA